AUGUCGAGCAGCCAGAGCCCGGGCUACCGGCUGCCGGCGUCGUCGGCGGCGUCGGCGGCGUCCCCCGGCUCCUCGCAGCCGCAGCCGCAGCCGCGCAGCGGGGGCGUCGUCGAGGUGACGCGCGCCGACUCCAGCUCGUCGCCGCACCACCACCACCAUCACCACCACCACCACCACCACCAGGCGGGCCACCAGCACGGCCAGCAGCACCACGGGCAGGCGGCGCACAAGCUGGCCGGCUACUUCCUGUCGCAGUCGGGCGGCCACGACGCCUGCGACGGCAGCGACGACGACCUGGCCGACCUGCCGUCGUGCGCGUUCGCGGCGCGCAGCGCGGCCGCCGCCGCCGCAGCCGCCGCCGCCGCCGCCGCCGCCGCCGUCUGCUCCUCCAGCAGCUCCGCCAACGGGCCGCACCAGCACCCCGGCAUGCACUACCUCGGACUCGCAGGAGCGGACGAGGGCACCGGCGACGACCCCGGCGGUCCUUCUUCGGCCUCCGCGGGCGGCGGCGGCGGCAGCGGCUUCUACCCGGCGGCGGGCGGGGGCGGCGGGGGUGGCGGCGGCAGCCCGUACCGCAUCCAGCGGCACGCCGCCAACAUCCGGGAGCGCAAGCGCAUGUUGAGCAGCAUCAACUCGGCGUUCGACGAACUGCGCGUGCACGUGCCCACGUUCCCGUACGAGAAGCGCCUCAGCAAGAUCGACACGCUGCGGCUGGCCAUCGCGUACAUCGCGCUGCUGCGGGAGGUGCUGGCGGCCGACUGCGACCCGCUCACCUACGUGGAGCGCUGCCUGCGCGGCGAGGUGAAGGCGGCCGAGCGCGCAGAGUGGAACACCAGCGACCUGACGGCGCGGCUGUCGUGGAUCAACUGGGAGAACCUGGGCGUGAACCCGUCGCGGCGCGGCGUGCUGACCACGCUGACCCUGAGUGCCGACUCGCUGCAGCACUGA